GGGGUCCGCCCCCCUCGGGCGGGAAGGGGGAAGCGCUGAGGCUGCCCGACUGGAAUCCGGGGAGCUGCGGCGACGGCGGCUGCGGGAGCAGGGCCGGCCAUGGCGGUGUGGACGCGGGCCACCAAAGCGGGGCUGGUGGAGCUGCUUCUAAGGGAGCGCUGGGUGCGGGUGGUGGCCGAACUCAGUGGCGAGAGCCUGAGCCUGACGGGUGACGCCGCAGCGGUCGAGCCCGAGCCGCCGGCGGCCGCCUUCAACGGUCUCCCGAACGGCGGCGGCGGCGGCGGCGACUCGCUGCCCGGGAGCCCGAACCGCGGCCUGGGGCCGCCCAGCCCUCCCGCGCCGCCCCGCGGUCCCGCGGGGGAAGCGAGCGCCUCGCCGCCCGUGCGCCGAGUGCGAGUGGUGAAGCAGGAGAAUGAGUAUGUGUUCCAAGAGAUUUAUCAGAUUGGCUUCCACGAUAUGGACUGGAUAGUCCGACAAUGGCUUGUCUGCAUGCUGGAGCGGCUGAGAACCCUGGAGCAGAUCAGUCCACAAGGUCGGUCCCUCAGCAGUUCUAAGCUUAUGACUUAUGGCCUGGAGGAUUCCUGGAGAGUCACUCUUCUUCAACCCAGGUGGAAGGUUGAAGAAGUCAAGUUCAUCCGAGAAGUCACACCAUAUAUCAAGAAACCAUCGUUAGUGUCAGAUCUGCCGUGGGAAGGUGCCUCUCCCCAGUCGCCAAGCUUUAGUGGCAGUGAAGACUCUGGUUCUCCAAAACACCAGAACACCACCAAGGACAGGAAGGUCAUCCCUCUCAAGAUGUGCUUUGCUGCUAGGAACUUAAGCAUGCCAGAUCUGGAAAACAGAUUGAUAGAGCUGCAUUCUCCUGAUAGCAGGAACACCUUGAUCUUACGCUGCAAGGAUACGGCCACAGCACACUCCUGGUUCAUAGCUAUCCACACCAACAUAAUGGCUCUCCUCCCACAGGUACUGGCUGAGCUCAAUGCCAUGCUUGGUGCAACCAGUACAGCGGGAGGCAGCAAGGAAGUCAAGCAUAUUGCCUGGCUGGCAGAGCAGGCAAAACUAGAUGGUGGAAGACAGCAGUGGAGGCCUGUUCUCAUGGCUGUGACUGAGAAGGAUUUGCUACUUUAUGACUGUAUGCCAUGGACAAGAGAUGCCUGGGCAUCACCGUGUCAUAGCUACCCGCUUGUUGCCACAAGGUUGGUUCAUUCAGGUUCUGGAUGUCGGUCACCCUCCCUUGGAUCUGACCUUACCUUUGCUACCAGGACGGGCUCUCGGCAGGGCAUUGAGAUGCAUCUCUUCAGGGUUGAAACGCAUCGGGAUUUGUCGACCUGGACCAGAAUACUUGUUCAGGGCUGUCAUGCUGCUGCUGAGCUGAUCAAGGAAGUCUCCCUAGGCUGCACCUUAAGUGGCCAAGAGGUAAGAUUCACUGUCCACUAUGAGCAUGGGUUCACUAUCACCAGAGACAGCGGAGGCGCCAGCAGCAUACUGUACCGCUAUCCCUUUGAACGGCUGAAGAUGUCUGCUGAUGACGGAAUCAGAAAUCUCUAUUUGGAUUUUGGUGGCCCUGAGGGAGAACUGACUAUGGACCUGCAUUCUUGUCCAAAGCCGAUUGUAUUUGUAUUGCACACAUUCUUAUCUGCCAAAGUCACUCGCAUGGGACUUCUUGUGUGAGCAGCAAGAGCGAAGAAAGACCUUUGACUGUCCCAAGAAGUAUUUCCACCUCAAAAGAUGAAAAUAAAGAAAAAGCAACAACAACAACAAAGAAGCACAAACAGAAGCCCUUGCUCCCUCCAUCACAGUGCCUUCCCGAGGACCUGCAGACCACUGCUGGACCACAGCAGGGUUUUAGGAAGGGCUGACCUUUCCCACACAGCCUUGGUCAGAAAUUCUAGAACUGUAAUAAGCUCCAAAUCAAAGCUGUUGAUUUAUUUUCUUAUUUCAUAAUGUGAUCUCUAAGUAAUUAGGUUUAUUUUUCCUGUUAUGAAGUCUGGCUCUUUGGGUUUCUCUUUGGACAUAAACAAAUAGCCAAAAGGGAUUCUCCUUUUCUUUGUGUAGGAAUCACUUGGGCAUAGGCUUGAGGUCUUCCUAGGAUGGUUGUCGCUCCCCGGGUGCUAGUGUGCAGCUGCCGUCCCUCAGGCAUAUCCCACACAGGUGCAUUGCACUGCAGUGUCACUGUCUUUACCUUGGAAGUCCUUGAACAUCAUCCCCAGUGGUUCCUCCACCCACCCUGGCUCUCCCGCCCCCACCCUGCCCCACCCUCCCCACCUCUAGCACCAGUGCUGCCUUUAGGACUCAGAACCUGCACAGUCUGGUUGCCUUUGCCUUCACGCCCCUUUCUUUGUGGUGUCCCAGUUGAAAAGCAAGCUGGACACUGCUCUGCGAGAGGAGUUUGCUUCCUUUAGUUUAUAUGGAGUUUAUAUUUUGGUAGGAGCCAGGGGAUGGUCUACAGUUUAUUUUGAAAGAUCCUCAUUUUAAGCUAAGCCAUUUCUUAUUGCUUACCAAAUGUGCCUUUGGUUAGGGUCAGUGGAGCUUUAUCAGUGAGUGUGGGAUGACUGGAUCUCACUGCCUUUCCAGGGGUCCCAUCUAGCUUUCAGGAGUUAUCCUGGAGGCGUCUUUCGGUGGAAAUUUUGUGGGUCAGGUUAGCUUUGGAGCACAGAAGCCAUCCUGAGUAGCACAGGGGAGAUCCUGGCACUGGCCUUCUGUGGCCCCAAAGUCACCUCCAGCUCAAGGUUAACAUUGGCUUCCUAACAGACCCCGGCUGGGCAGAAUGAUGAGAGAAAUCUUGGGAGUCACCUGCAUUUUGUUCAGCAUAGCCAAUUGUUGUCAUCAUUCAGUGUAAGCGUGACCUGGAAGAUCAUCUUCAGUUUGUUUCUCCUGGUUUGGAAGGGAGAGAGGUGUCUAAAAAUGUUUGUGAAAUACUCUACAUAAAAUCUCAAGAUUAGCACAGCUCCUGAAUCUGAACAAAACGGAAAUAUCAAUAUCUGAUAUUUUCUAGAGGUUUUCAAACCUCUCCGAAAACAUGUCUAGAAACAGCUCUCAUUUUCUAGAUUUCUCUGGAGUGCUACACACAGAUAUGACACUUCAAGUGGGUUAAAGGGUGAAAGGAAAGAGAACACAGUGUUUGAGCAGAUCCUGAGGUGCCUUGAUUGACAGGGUAGCAGAUGCCCGAGCAGAGGUGUCAUCCCGGUGUCCUCCGCUGUCUGAGUCAGGCCUCCAGCUCUGCAAUCUAACAGUAUCCAGCAGCUGGGAAGAAAAUCAUAACCUUGAGAUUGGUUCCAUCCAUGAUACACCUUCAACUCAAAGGAAAAAAGUAAGAAUGUUAUCUGAACGCAGAAAGCAGAGCUACGGCAGUUAACCGCAGGCAGAGUGCUGAGGCUCCUGCCUCACUGAGCUGCGGUGUGAAAGGCGGAACCAGCAGAGAUUGCCAGGAGCCUCUGCCACCCUGUUCCUUAGAAGAGCUGUAAGCAGGUGCGAUGACUGCCAGGUAAGGUGUGCACAUGUUCUGGCUGAGGACUGUGGCCCACAUGGUUAUUAAUACUAUCAUUUGAGUUUUAUAAAAUGAAGGCUUAUGGGUGAUUUCUUUGUCAUUAGCAGCCCCAAGAGCAAGGUCCUAAGGUUCCAGAAGCUGUAGUCCCACCCCUACCCCCCCGCAGGUGGUCAAUUAGGAAUUUUUCAAACCACAAGUGGAAUGCUUUUUGUGAGUGUGGGACACCUUGAUAACAAACCUACAUUAUCAGUUUUAUACUCAGAUACCAAAAUACAGCAAACUAUUUUCAAAUGAUAACUAAAAAUGGGCAUCUUUUGAUAAUUCACCUCUUUUGUAGAAUCAGCUAUAUUGUCUUUUCUUUUUCAUCUUGAACAUUAUUGAGGAUGUUGUGGGCUCCUGGGUAUCAAGUGGGCAGGAAACUGCAGAAUACCUCCUGUUGAGAUGGAGCACUUCCUAGGCAUCUUUGCAUUCCACACAGUCCCAGGUCACCCCUGCGGAUGAGAACUCUCCUCCCCAUGAGAAAGAGGACUAAAAGAAGGUGAUGUUACCAACCAGCCUUGCCUAGAAAUUGGUAUCAACUAUUUUAUAUAAAGAAAUACUCAUGUGUACAUGCCAUAUUUAUUAAUAAUUACAACUAAAGUCACCAACUUAUAGACAGUUGCAGGUUAAAUAUUGGGACAUGUAUGGGCAAUCAGAAAUAUUACUUUAAAUGCCAUCUGCCUAUUUUAAAGCCAUGCUUAGCACGUUUUAGACUAGGGUAAGUCUGAUAGUGCCGGUGGGGUUUUGUCUUUUGUCUUUGUCUGAACCCUCAAAGUUUGUUACUGGAAAUUAUUUGCAUGGUAGGAGAUACUGAAUUAUUUAUUUUUUAUAUGUAGAAAAACCUCUCCAACCAACAAAUAGCUCACAUUGUUACUGAUUUGUUUGUUUUCCUAACUUAUUCUCCUGGAUAGAAUGGUAGCAAAGCUUUGUCCAGAUGAAUAAAUGCACUUAGCUGAUAACCAAAAUUUAUUCUUUCAAAACAAAAAAUUAUCUGUUAUCAUCCCCCCCAAAAAAUUAAGCUAUGUGGAAUCUGAACACAAUUACCCACCCCACCCAGAAAAGAAAGGUUUUACUGUGAGUGGUUUUGAUGAACAAAAAUGUGUGGGGAAAAUUACUGAUGUCUUAAAAGCUUAUAAGAAACUCCAAGUCUUCUGGUUUAAUUUAAAUGCAUGUGGAUUUGUUUGUUUUCAAAACCAUGGAAGAAUCUACCCACAUGUUUUAAUGCAAAUCACUGUCAAAGCUGCUAUGUGACUUCCUUAAAAGCCUGGAAAGGUGAACAGUUCUGAAGUGUUCAGGGAAUAGUGGCAGAUUCCAGCACUUUCUGUUGUUUUGUAUCUUUUUUUUUGGACACCUACCUGGGCUGUAUUUUGUUAUUCUCACUGGUCCAAGCUAUUGAUUGUACACAAUACUUAAAUGUGCAAAUAUUCUGCUUCCAUUCCCCCGUGGCUACUGGCAGCUCUAGGUGCCAAGAAUGAACUGGAUCCUUAGAAUGUUGGGCUCAGUGGUUAAGAGGCUUGCUGCUCUGUCAUGAGGACUGGAGAUCAGAUCUUAGCGCCCAAGUCCAGGGGCCCAGGAAAGGAAGAAGUAGAAGGAGGGAGGGAGAGAGGGAAGAAGGAAGGAAGGAAGGGAGGAAGGGAGGGAGGGAGGGAGGGAGGGAAGGAGGAAGGGAGGAAGGGAGGAAGGAAACUCCUAAUCUCUACUGAGAGAGUCAAAUACCUUGUCACUUAGUUCUGAGAAGCACAUUGCUCUGCACAGAUUUAAUAUGUAGCAAGCACUACAGAGGUAGUCUGAGUUUACUUUGGAAACUAUUCCAGGUUUGUCAGGCACCAGAACUACACAGUAAGAUUCUGUCUCAGAACAACAACCAAAUUCUAGUACUUGGGAGCUACAGGCAAAGAAUCCAAGAUUAGCUGUAUACUCAAUUCAAGGCCAGCUGGAUUACAUCAGAUCCUGUCUCAGUACUAUAGAAACAUUUGAGGUUGUAUAAACUUUAGUUGAAUCCAUACCCUUGUUUUAAUUACUUAGUAAUCUAGGAUGGUUUUGACUCUACAUACAAUCCUUACAAGCUGAUACAGUCCACACUGAACCAUCUUUAAGCUCCUUCUUUCAUUGUCUAGAUAUUGACUAAGAGUGUAAUUGUUGGUAGAAAUCAUGCUGCAUGUCAGGAUUGUAUAUAUUCAAGCAACAUAGUUGCUGCACACCAUAGUACUGUAAGAGGAAUUUAGUCACUUUGAUUUUGACUGCCUAAGGAGCUGCUCUCAAACUUGUUCUCUUUUUUUUUUAAAAAAAUGAGAUGGCCUGGAGGUUAGCUCAGUAGCAGAGCAUGUGCAAGGCCCUGGAAUCCUCUGGAACACCACUAAAAGAGACAGAAACCUCCAGAUGAUCAGUGACACAGUUUAUCAAAGAUGAGAAUUUCAAGUCGAGGUUCAGAAACCACAAAUAGCCACAGGAAGUCCAUUAACUAUUUUCUUGGCUCUUUCCAGCAGUGGCCAAACCAACUAGGAAAAAAAAAAUAUAGUUGUAUAUCAACUCCCAAGAACACAAGUUUUUUCUUCUUUUUUAAUCUUAGACAUGGAAAUUGACCCAGGGCUUUGGGCAAGCUAAGCAUACAGCACCGCUGGGCUAUAUAUGCAUAAAUUUCUAGCCCCUUUGAUUUCAGAAUAAAACGUUUUAGUUUUCUUCUUGGUCUUUAAACAUACUCUUAUAUAACCUAGACCAGCCUCAAAUUGCUGAUCCUCCUGCCUCUACGUGCUGGGGAUCACAGCUGUGCACCAGCUUUGAAAUGUCAUCAUGAACUUAAUUUCUUGCCACCUUUAUUUUUCCAUCCCACUUCGUGUGACUGGAUCAAAGUGUUUUCUAAGAUUUAUUUUUUAUUUAAUGCAUAUGAGUGUUUGCCUACAUGUGCGUCAUAAGCACACCUGGUAUCUGCAGAAGCCAGAGAAGGGCUUCAGAUCCCCUGGAAUUGAUGUCAGAGAGGGUUACGAGACACUUAUUGGUGCUGGGAACUCUGCAGGUGCAGCCAGUGCCCCUAACCACUGUGCCAUCUUUCCAGCCACAGGAUGUGAAGUGCAGUCCAGCCCUUGGGAGGUCUGUGAGGCAAGGGAGAUGAAGAGUUCAAAGUCCUCCUCAGCUACGUAGAGAGUUUGAGUUAGCCUGGGCUCAUGCAUGAAACUCAGCUCGAAAAAGAUUUUGUGUGAAUUUAAUAUAAUAUAUAAAUAUGCCUUUUACAAAUUAUCCUUUGCCCAAUUGGUUAGACACUUUUUGUUUGUUUGUUUGUUUUGUUUUUUUGAGACAGGGUUUCUCUGUGUAGCCCUGGCUGUCCUGGAACUCACUCUGUAGACCAGGCUGGCCUCAAACUCAGAAAUCUGCCUGCCUCUGCCUCCCAAGUGCUGGGACUAAAGGUGUGUGCCACCACCACUUGGCUUUUUUUUUUUUUUUUUAAAGCAAACACAAAGAAAAGCUAAGCAGUUAAACCCUAUAACACAUGUCCCAUUGCUUCAUUGUAGCACUGGGAACCCCGGUUAGACUUCUCCCCUCAGCCUUGUGCUGACUUCAGCUCCAUGCCCUUGUCAUGACCGUGUUCAUCCCAGUCGCUGCUGUGUUCUCAGGGCCUCCUGGCUCUGUCACCCUUCAGAAGCAACAGAAGACUGUAGAUACACAGAAGGUUAUCUGGGAAUGUACACAUCUGAAACUCCAAGGCUAGUUCAUGGUACACCCCUAUAUUCCACUCAACAAGCAUUUUGUGAGAGAAGCUUCUGCAUCAGGCUCACUGGAUGAUCCCAAAAGAAACUUCUAGGGCCUACAAGAUGUCUCAGCAGGCAAAGGCCUUGCUUGACAGCCAGGGUUGACAACCUGAACUCAGUGCCCAGAAUUCACAUGGUGGAAGUAGAAAACUGUCUCCCAACAGUUACCCUCUGACCAUCCUCAUGCUACAGCACCUACCUACCAUAAAGUCUGUGUGGCAAGGAGUCACUUUGUGGAUCCAAUCAACUUAUACCAUAUAACGUCAUCUCUUUACUAACCACUCUGUUUCUCUUUUCUUUUAUGUAUGUAGUAGUUUUACCUGCAUGGAUGUGUGCUACAUCUGUGCAGUGCUUGUAGGAGUCAGAAGAAGGGUCCAGGCCGGAAUAGGAGUUACAGAUAGUUAUGGGCUGCCAUGUGGGUGCUGGGAACAGGACCAGAUCCUCUGACAUCUUGCUACACCAUCUUUUGAGCCGCCACAUAGCAUUUGUCCCAGAGUGUCAUUGGACUUAGCUUGCUCCAGCAAACAAUUGUACUCUGCCCAUGGCAACAUGGGAAGAUCACCCAAGCAUGUUAAGGAAGUGGGAGUUUUCACUAUAUAUCAUUUUUUAAUGAAAAUUUAGAUUUUAGUUUCUGAAGGAAAAUAUUAUAGUUCCCUCUAUAAGAUAAAUGACAAAAUGAAAUAUUAAAUCUUUUUUUGUUGUUUUUUUUUUUUCUUGAAACGGGGUUUCUCUGUAUAGCUCUGGCUGUCCUGGAACUCACUCUGUAGACCAUGCUGGUCUCAAACUCAGAAAUCUUCCUGCCUCUGCCUCCCAAGUGCUAGGAUUAAAGGUGUGCGCCACCACCACCCGGCGAAAAAUUAAUCCUUAUUGCCAACAGUAGAUUAAUAGGGGGAAAGACUUUUUUCUCUUUUCUUUUCCAUUUUUAUAUAUGUGAAUACACUGUCACUGUCUUUAGACACACCAGAAGAGGGCAUUGGAUUCCUCAUGGUUGUGAGCCACCAUGUGGUUGCUGGGAUUUGAUCUUGGGACCUCUGGAAGAGCAGUCAGUGCUCUUAACCGCCAAGCCAUCUCUCCAGCCCUUUUAUUCUUUUAAAGAAUGUGCAAAGUUUAUUUCUGAACAUUACUGACCUACUCAUCUCCAUAUUUAGGAUUUGAGCAUCUUUGGAGGGAGGGCAAUUUCGUGUUUUUUAUUUUUUUGGUUUUUUUUGAAACAGAGUGUCUCUGUGUAACCCUGGCUGUCCUGGAACAGCUCUAUAGACCAGGCUGGCCUUAAACUAAACAAGAGACCUACCUACCUCUGCUUGGGAUCAAAGGUGUGCAUCACCACCGCUGGCUGCAUCUUAUUUUCUUAAGGUCCUUAUACACUUCAUAGCUGGACUGUUUUCUCCAUUAAUAAGCAGCUAAAUUGCAUUAAAAAUGAGCAAGAGUCCAGGUGUGGAGAGAUGGCUCAAUGGUCAGAGCACCAGCUGCUCUAGAGGUCUGACUUUGAUUUCUAACACGCACAUGAUGGAUCACAGCCCUCUCUAAUUGUCCUAUGGGAUCCAAUGCCCUUUCCUGCUAUGCAGAUACACAUGCAGACAAAACACCAUAGACAUAGAGUUCACAAAGAAGUCCUAAAGUUUAGCACAAUUCCACUUCCUCAAGAGCACACUGGCAUUCAAACUCAGUGGCGGCGAGAGACGUAGAGAAAGUGAGACGGGUACGCUGGAUUUCCUGUGGUGACAGCCCCUGUGAGUCCUUCUUGCUUUUUAUUGACCUGUGAGGUCAGCUUUUCAAACAUGUUUAAUCAUUCCUAGCUCUCCGUGGUAGGGUGGCCGACUCCCUUCUCUUGUUUGCAAGUAGUGGAGCUGAGUUCCGCCUUGAGUGUCUCGCUCUCUAAACCUGCCCUUUACAGUCGGGUGCUAAUGACUGUUUUUAUCAAAACCAGCAGGUUGACAUUGCUGCACACCUAGUCCUUCAGGACCAAAGAAGGGCUUUCCUCCUGUGAGUCCUGUUACCAGUGGGUAUUUUUAUAUCUCCUUGCUAGUGUUUUCUGAAUUAGUAGAUUAGGGAGAGAGAAAAGCUGAGGUCUGCGUAAUCAUAGUCUCCCAGAUCCCCACUUAAACCCCAGGCACUGGGUUCAGAUCUCCCUUGGUACGGGAUGCCAGUGUUACUGUUAGUCUGUCGGGCGAGGAAAGUGUGCAGGCCCCAGUGCCCCAACAGUCCCUCUUCCUUGGUGCCAGGUCUGAAGUCUUACAGAGCAUAACCUAUUUUUUUUUCUCCUGUACACCCUCUACUAAUCCCCACGUGUAUGUAUUCUUUCUCAAACUACACGUUUUUGUUAAGUGUAAAGACUUAGAAAGCUAGCUCAAGUAAGGCUGGUUGGUGAUUAGCUCAGUUUGAAGGAUGAUUGCCUCAAAUACAGGAAGUCCUGAGUUCUAUCCACAGCACCAUAGAAAACCAGAUGUGGCUGGCCACAUCUGUAAACCUGGCACUCAUUUGGAAGGUUGGGAGGCAGGAAGAAGUCAUCCACAGUUACAUAGUAAAUAACAAGCCUAACCAUCCAGCUCAGGCAUGUGAAACUGCCCCUCAGAACAGACAGACAAACACAAAAACCUCAACAACAAAAAAACUAUUUGUACCAAUUGAUUGUUUUGGUGUUGGUUUUGGUUUUGGUUUUUAAGAAACCUUUAUUUAAAUAAGACCUCUAUUCAAGUCUUCUUUAAAAUUUCUCAAGUCUUCUGGCUACCAAAUCAAAGACCCGUGACAUAAAACAAAGCAGUAUGUGCUCUUUUUAAAAAAGCUUUAUGUAUAUUCUCUCAAUAUAGAUGAUUAGACAACACUUCCCUUGGGUUGCACAUCAACAUAUAACAUUGUAUAUUACAAUGAAAAUUUGUAACUUAAGGGUAUUAUAUAUAUAAUAUAUACAUAUAAGUAUAUAUGCCUUUGUAACCUUUUUAUUGUAAAUAAAAAGUUGCUUUUAGA